AUGAAUGAAUCCGAAGUCUUUAAUGAUUUUUUACAAAUUACGUUAAAUAAUUUUCCCACAAGAGUGCCAACUACAGGUAGUGAUAAUGAAAUUGAAUAUUUAGAGCGUGAUGUAUUAUAUAUGAAGCCCACCGAUUCCCCAGCGUUUAUUAAUAGCAUCACUAAUGUUACUGAGUAUGAUGAGACCAAUCGAGUCCAUCAAGAUAAGUUAUUAGCAUUAUUAUCGAUAUUAGACAAUACUUUAGGUGAAAAAUAUAGUAAGAUAUCCAAAAUCAUAUAUGAAAAUCAUAAGCCAUGGAAGGAUAACAAGCUUGACGAGAUGAAGACGCCUGGGUUGAUCCAUGUGAGUUAUAAGCUUGGAGGUGAGCCGUUAUUAUUCAUGUCGUUCAUGUUAACUAAUGAAGAUGAGUAUGAUGAAGAUAAGCCAUGUUGUGUAAUAUACUUAUAUGAAAUUCAGUUAUUAUCACGAGUAAGAAAUCAAGGGAUUGGUAAUAAAUUGUUGAAGUGUUACUUAAUGAAUUGUAGUAAAGAGAUAUCUUCCAAUAAUGCAACCUUUAUUGGAAUAGAAUUAACAGUUUUUAGUGAUAAUCUUGGAGCCAUUAAAUUUUAUGAAUCGCUUGGAAUGAGAUUAACGCCAUGGUCACCGCAAGACACUGUUAAGAUAAUACAUAAGCGAAUUACUAGAGGUAGUAAGAACAGCGUAGGGAUAGAGAAUAAUAAAUCGUUAAAUUCGAUGAAGAGAGUAAUUAGGCCAAUAUAUUAUUUAUACUAUUUACCGAUAAACGAUAAACGAUAA